AUGUAACAGGACCAUUAAUAUGAAAACACAUACUACUAACCAAAAGGACUCAAUAUGUAUGUCAGACAAUCAAUUAAACCCUUCCUUUUACCUUAAACAGAAGCCAGCACACAUCGCUUCUCCUAAUUAGACUAUUUUACAGAUCCCACAUUAAGUAUGUUAGAUCCUUAAGGACCAUAAACUGAUCGAACACAUAUCAGAAACAAUAAAUAGAUUGUUAAACAUAUUAAACCUGCUAAAAUAGAACCUGAAUCCAAUAUUCUAAACGAAGAGAAGAACAAACUAUAAACAAAAUUUAAUUUACUAGACUCUUUUACUAUAAGACAUUCAUAACAUCAUUUACAAGUUAAAAAUGAAAUCAAAUAAGAAAUUUUAUAAAGGAAAUUUAGUGAAUAAAAAAUAGGUUUCAAAGUAUAACAAUUAGAUGAAGAACAAGAGUCUCAAGUAAUUUUAAGAAGAAAUCAGUUUUUUUAUACUUCUUUAAGAAUAAAAGAUCGAUAUUCUCCUUUAACUCUUUAAAUAAGAAUUAAAUAAGGUGAUCCAAAUACAAGAUUACGAAUAUUUGCAUCACCUAAAUUCAUAUAGCCUAAUCGAUUUAAUGCUUCUGUUGAGGUAAGUGGAAGAUAAUUAAAAUACACAUCAAAUUCUGAAAUUUUUUAAGAAGAUACUUUAUAUGUUGCAAUCUUAGCUUUAAAUGAAAUAUAAAUUGGUAUUAACAUAGAAUUUGGAAGACCAACUACUAAAAGAGUUGUGUAAAGAGAGAGAAAAGAAAAAUCUAUUUAUGAAUUUCCUCCUGAUUUAGAACUUCAAAUAGAAGAAAUUAUGAUGAGAAGAAGACUUCGUUAUGCAAAUUAAUAAAAUUAUGUACAAUUAAAUAAAUGUUCUUAAAUGUCCCGUAGAAUUCCAGAAUAACCAUAAACACCAAAACAUUUAGAAAUAAAGCAAAAAAUAAGAAGAAUUAAAGUUGAAUAAAAUUUAAAAAGAUAAGCUUAAUUAUAAGUUCAUGAUAUAGCCAAAUAAAUUCAUAGAAAAUAAUUAGAAAUGUAAAGAGAAAUAAAACAUAGAGAAUAUGUCUAAAAGUCUUGGCUUAAAAUUAUUUGUUUAAUCAAUAUUUUAGCUCCUGGUAUAAAUGAAUUUAUUGAAAAUCAAAGAUAAAUAGUUGCUAAAAAUAUGAAAAAAUAGAUCUCUUUAAUCUAACUCUUAAAUAAAAUUAAAAAAAAAGUAGAAAAAUUUGGACCUAAUUGUAAAUUAAGGACAAUAUUAUAAGGAAAAUAGUAAUAUUUAUUAAUAUUUGAAAUAGUUGUUUAAAAUUGAUAGCAAAUAAUUCAAGAAUGAUGGCUAAAAGAAGAGCUUAAAAAAUAAUUACACAAAUGUUGCAAAAUAAUAUUACUUGCUUUAUUACUGAAAGCAAAGGCACUCAUGUUGUCAAUUUAAGUAAUGCGAAAAACCAUAUGAAGUAAAGAAAUGCGUGAAUCGAUUAGUGAAACAUAAAAACAGUAGAAUCGAGUUUAUGAGCAAUCUAAAACUAUAUCUGAGUGUCUAAUAUAAACAGUUGUACCAAAUAGCUCUUAGAUACAGUAAAUAAAGUGAUUCAGCUAAAAAUAAAAGAGAUCCUAUACAUUUUCUCUUAUAUGAUGCGUAAAUAAAAUAUUUUUUUUAAGUUCCUUUCUGCAUCAAAUGACUAAGAAAUUAUUAAGUCAUGUAUUUGAAAAGUGGAAUAAGAAUUUUAUUACUUUUAGAAAUGCAACAUAAGAAGAAAGAGAAAAAAAAGGUAAAAAAGGAGUAGCACUAUUUUGGCAACCUCCAAAACUUUUCGAAUUACCUUAAGAUAUAGUGGUUAGAUUAUUUUUGUUUGAAGAGCUUGAGAAGAGAGGAUUAAUAACUGGAGAAUAUAAAGAUUGA